GAAUCAAUCGCCAAGACUAAUCACCCGACGUACAGCACGCCGCCGAUCGACGGAUAGCAUGGCCGGCCGGCCCUUCGUUUUCGAGAAAAACUGGGCGGAGAACCCUCCACGGAGACGGCCAACCACAGAUAUGGAGUUCCCUCCCCGCUUUCCACCGGCCGACCCACCGCAGGGCUGGACGACGGUCCGUAUCGAGUCUUCACACUUCAGAAGACCGGACGGCACUCCGGAGAUCCUGCUUCUCUACGGCCGGCCAUCUUCUCCAGAUCGUCAUCAACCAGACACAAGCACCUUUCACAGGGGGCACCACCAGCAGCAGCAGGUGCAUCGUCGUCGGUCUCCCGAGCCGCACCAAGUCGAAGGAGCAACGAGGGUGGUGCGACUUGCCAAGAUGAUCUCGCUGGACCUGCUCCAAGACGACGAGGUGUAUCAGGAGUUGCUGGACGAGCUUACAAAAGAGGCGCGCAAGUUCGGUGACCUGGUGAAGGUGGUGCUCCCGCGGCCCGGCCAUGGUGCUGCUAGUCCGGUGAUUGCCGGAGCCGGGGAGGUGUUCCUGGAGUACGCUUGCCUCGACGACUCGAUCCAGUGCAGGAUCGGGUUGGAUGGGAAGUGGUACGACGGAAGGAAGAUCAUUGCUGGGUACUUCCCGGAGGACAGGUUUGCUCAUGGAGACUACGGCUACGAAUACGAAUACGAUGGACAGAAUGGCUACAUAGAUAAAUUGUCUGAAAUCCAAAUCCCCUUCUAG